GGUUAUUAAUUAUAACAUAUACUGUUUUUUGGAAAAUAUCCAAACAGGAUCCCGCUAGAAAACCGUUAUUUAACCUUUUACUUGCAUCUGUGAUGUUAGACAACAGAUGACUAAACAGGAUCCUGUUGGGAAAACCUUUUAAACCGUUGAUUCGCACAUAUCUGUGACGAAAGACGAUACGUUAUGGAUACAGCACUUCGCACUUUCUAUUUCACUUCCUGACUGCGCAUAAGUAGGAAAGUUCUGUAAACUGUUGCCGGAUAUCGUCUGCUGUUGUUUUGUUGGACGCUUGUGAGUCGCGCCUCCGAUUGGAUGUAAGACGGGCAGUAUGAAAUGUAUUAUGAUUUUUAGCAUCCUAAUACCAUAGACGUAAAAGAGAGAAGGGCGUGUGUCUGAAAUUCUACAUUCUCUGCAAGAUUGGCUGCACGUAGGCCUAGUUAAUGUAUUGGAGUAUGAAUUGUGUCUUUGGGACCUCGGGCUACCUACGCAAUGACGGAGACUUCUACAACUGUAUUCUAAAAAUAAGGAAAAUGCAUAUUGGAGUGUACAACAGGACAUCUUCAAUCAGAUUCUAGGGUGUGUUGGUAAUAAUAAAAGGUCCCCCGCCAUCUCAACAUGGAUCUAAUAAGUGCAACAGAAUCCUUUAAUGACACGGUGCCACCAGCUCCGUCUAACGGCAACACAACUGAACGCUUUAUAAACAUUUCUGCAGCAGUUUAUGUUGGGAUUUUAUCAGUUACGGGAACGCUUGGAAAUUUAAUAGUUCUGUACGUGUAUAUCUUCAAAUUUAAACAAAGCACAUUCAACACGUUUAUCAUAUUUCUAGCGGCAUUUGACAUAAUAUGCAGCGCCAUCGAAAUGCCACUGGAUGUUGCCAACCUGGUCCAUAUGGAGGGAUUUCCUGGAUGUAAGCCCAUAGUGUUGAUAGCUACAACCACUGCACUAGCAACUGGUUUCAUUCUUGUGGCCAUCGCUGUCCUCCGGUACAAAGGCAUCUGUAAGCCACUGAAGCCAAAUAUAUCGGUUGUUCAAGCAAGAGUCAUCUCUGUGGUGUCACUGGGAAUAGCCGUGGUUGUAUCCUGGCCGUCUGCUGUCAUGGUAGCCAAUAUACCAGACGAACUCGUGGGCGGGAUGGUAGUCACGAACUGUGCCACAGAAAAUCGUUUCAAAGAAACCCAGUACCCGUUGCUAUUUAACGGAAUUUUGUUUUUAAUAUUUGGCGGCGCGUUUCUCACGUUGAUAAUACUGUACGGAAUUAUAGGCAGACAAUUCUGGCUGAGGAAGAAAUAUGGCCCUACACAGUCACUUAUACACAGAGAUAAAUCGUCUUCAACAUCGCCAAAUCAUGCAUUGAGUGAACGAUGCCAUUUGUCUAUCCAAGGGUCAUCACCGAAUGCUUCAAAAGAUAUGGAUAACAAUAAGGGCAUACCACAUCCGUCUAGCAAUGCAUAUUCUUCAAAGUCUGGUGCACAGAGUUCUGCAGCCAAAGGAAAGUCUUAUUCUAAUUGUGGAGAAGUUGCUAUAUCUCCUGGCACAUCAGAAGUACAAGUAGUCGAGACGGAACCUGGAAGUAACAGCAGUACAGCUUCUAAUCGGAGUGCUUCAAAACUUGUGCCAGUCCAAAAAAGUACGAAGCAACCUUCUCAAAACCAAAACACAUUUAGAAUUUUGUUCAUCGUGACGAUAACAUUUCUGCUCAGCUAUUUACCGCACCUGAGUUUGAUGAUUUAUGAAGUGGCCGGUUCGGAUUUGUAUCUUACUCCCGUGGGAGAAAGUUUUGUCGGGGUCAUUAUUAGAUCAUAUCUCAUAAACAGUGCAUCUAAUCCAAUCAUAUACGGAUGUUGUAACAAAAAAUUUAGAGAAGAAACUAGUGCUAUAUGUCAUAGAUUAAAAGUGUGUUUUCAUAUGGUCUGAGAUACACACCGAUCUAGUAGAUCAAGAUUAAAAGUGUGUUUUCAUAUGGUCUGAGAUACACGCCGACCUAGAAGAUCAAUGGUGCUUCUUUGCAAACAGUAAUGAAAAACUGUAUUAUACAUAUAGACAAGCUAUGAUUAAUAUUAUAAUCGAAAACUGAAUGCUUAUGUUCUAACAAUGUGAUGAUCCAUUAUUGAAAUGCAUAAAAAAAAACCAUAACACUUGUAUGAAAUAUGUUGUUUUGUGUGUGUGUGUGGUGUGUGAGUGGGGGUGGGGGGUGGGGUGGGUGGGUAGGGGGUGUCAUACAUACGUAAAGAAAAUAUAAUGUACUGAUAUUGAGGAUAAAAAUAGCGAAAUCUGUAGGGUCUAUCCAGGUGAGCAUUACAACAGGUGGCACCGUUCAUGGUCCCAAUAACUCAGAUCCUGAAAUUCUAACCGAUUACGUAUGUAAUCGACAGUUGUGCCCCAUAACACAAGGCACUCCUAACACUUACCUGAGACGUACACCACACAUUAUGUAUAGUGUACGUCCGACGUAAGUGUUACGAGUGCUUUGUGUUGCCGGGCCCUGAUCUUUAGGUGCAAACCCAUUACAAAUGAUGUCCGAUCACAUCUGUAAAACGCUCUCCUGCAGUUAUGUGAUUUCCCGAUACACAGUGAAGUGAUUUUCUUAUACAAUGAUGAGGUACAAGAAUCACGUUCUAGAAGAGUUCGUGCGUAGUCGGAGUGGGCCUUGUUUUCAGGGGAUGGGGCGGCAUUUAUUGUUGUUUCUCUGGGUCUUUUGCUUGUUGUAUGUGGGAAUUUUUGGUGGGAUAUUUUGUCUUUUCCCCUUCUUCUUCUUCUUCUUCUUCUUCUUCACUGACAUGAAUAAAUCAGUCGUGGAGCACUUGCUGGAAUGCAAUAUAAAUCAGUUGGUUCGUAAUAUUAUAAAGCUAGGAAUCCAUGCAUACGUAUUAUACCAGUGAUGCGUAAAUAAAAAAUAUCAAUUGUG